AUGACUCCUGCAUUGUGCGCUCGUAAAGGAAAAGGAUCUGGUCCCGCGACCCGGCGAAAACGGGCUGCGAGAUGCCGUCAACGCAAACGAGAUACACCCGACGAUAACACUGCUGCUUCUCUCUCUCACCUUUCGUUCCGUCAUCGAAAUCGACUGCCGCAGACGACCCCCGACCCGGAGACGCCUAACGCCAAGCUGGCUACGACAGCAUGCGCGAGCGAGGCGACGCCGCCUGGAGAGCACGGCGUGCCCGCCAAAGGGCAGCAUCUCAAAGAUGAGGGGACGAAAUUACAAGUCGUGACAGCCGGCGCCGUGGCGGGUCUCGUGUCUCGGUUCGUCAUCGCGCCGCUAGAUGUCAUCAAGAUCCGUCUCCAGCUCCAGCCGUACUCGCUCUCCGAUCCGCCCGCCCCCCCGAGCCAGGGCCCCGCGUAUCGUGGCGCCGCGGCCACGCUGAAACACAUCCUCAGGCACGAGGGGCUCACGGGGCUCUGGAAAGGGAACGUGCCGGCGGAGCUGCUCUACGUCUGCUACGCCUCCCUGCAAUUCACAACCUACCGAACCACCACGCUGUUUCUGCGAACAGCGCUGCCCGUCAGACUGCCCGACGCGGCGGAGAGCUUCGUCGCCGGCGCGUCUUCCGGAGCCCUGGCGACGACGAUUACGUACCCCCUCGACCUGCUCAGGACGAGGUUCGCCGCCCAGGGACGACGGAGGGUAUACUCGUCCCUUCGGGGGGCGAUAUGCGACAUCCAGCGCGACGAAGGCUGGCGCGGCUUUUUCCGCGGCGUGGGGCCCGCGGUUGGCCAGAUUGGGCCUUUCAUGGGCGUCUUCUUCGUCACGUACGAAGGGCUGCGGGUCAAAACGGCAGGGCUGAACAUGCCCUGGGGUGGUGGAGACGUCACGGCCGGCGUGAUGAGCAGCGUGGUGGCCAAGACGGCCGUGUUCCCCCUCGACCUGGUCAGGAAACGCAUUCAGGUGCAAGGCCCCACGCGAAGCAGAUAUGUGUACAGCGACAUACCCGAGUACCCGAGUGCCUGGAGGGCCGUUGCGACGAUUGUGCGGACAGAAGGCUUCCGUGGGUUAUACAAGGGUCUUCCCAUCAGUCUGCUGAAGUCUGCGCCGGCUAGUGCCAUUACCGUGUGGACGUACGAGCGGUGUCUCGACUUGAUGAAGCGUAUGGACUCGAGUCGAGAGUCUCGCUUGUAA